CCAUGCCCAGAGUACAAGGCUCCUGCCUACUGCCAACUCGCAGGUAGGAAGAGAGAGAGGGAGGGGCGACUUUCACCUGCUGGAGAAUCCAGCCUGUGUCUGCUCUGCUCUCUGCCUUCAGCUACAGAACCUGCUGUCAACCUUGCACAGACAGAGCAAGAUCACAGCACUACUGGAACAGCUGCACUCAGGGCUCUCUCUGCUGCUUCCUCCAACACUCCGGCACUCUCUCACUCUUAACACACACUCACAGGCACGCACACACUCAGGCACGUCCAGAACUCUACCACGCAAGCGCUCACACACACACACUCACACAGGCAGGCACACCCCCUCUCUAUCUGUGCAGUGAGAAGCUCUGCCCGUGUCGGUGUGAGCGGUGGACUGUUUCUCUCUCUGGCGGCAGCAGUACUGGCAGCAGGACUGGUCCAGUGGAGGGCAGUCAACUCGCUCUCUCCAGACUCCAGGACAGCUCACGCUCUGGACUUUGGAACAACAAGCCUCUCUCUUUCUUUCUUUCUUUUUCUUUCUCUCCUCUUUUUGCUUCUUUUUCUCUCCCCUCUCUCUCCGCCUCGACGUGACGCAGUGUUUCUGACCUUCAUCCCCCUCGUGUGCACAGCGUUGGCCAGUGGGACAGCCAUGGAGGACACCCUCACCUGCAGCCCUGCCACCUUCUCCCAGGUGUUUGGACGUCAGGGACAGCUCAUGCAGGCUACGGUCCAGUCUCUGAACAGUCUGAAUGACCAGAUAGUCCACUUCAUGGUGACCAGGCCCGGUACUCUGUCCCGGGAGGACGAGGCCUUCAUGCCUGGAGAGAGAGACACCUUGAAGAAGUCCAUGGCCCUGAUGAGGCACCUGCUCAUGGACGCACAGGGGAAAAUCCUUAAAAUGAUGGAAGACAAUAAGCAGCUGGCUCAGAGGAUCGAUGGGGCCAUCCAGUCUGCCAGUCAGGAGGUGACCAACCUGCGCUCAGAGCUGUCGGCCACCAGCCGUAGACUGGCAGAGCUGGGGGCCAGCAGCCCCCCCUCGCCCCUGGAGAACAACCACCAGCAUCACCAGCACAACCACCAUGACCAUGACAGCCUCCGCUACCAGGAUCACAGGCAGAAGUCAGUGGUGAGCGAGAUCUGUUACCAGACAGAGAUCUCCAGCCUCAUGGACUUUGGCACCCCAGACUCCUCGCUCGACAAAGUGUUGCUGCGUGAGGAGGUGGCCCAGCUGCAGGAGGAGGUGCACCUGUUGAGGCAGAUGAAGGACAUGUUGAGUAAGGACCUGGAGGAGACCCAGGGCCAGGGCUGCUCCUCCCACCUCCUUUCAGCCACUGAGCUCCGUGUGCAGCUGGGAGACAAGGAGCAGGAGCUGGACCGCGCCAAGGAGGCCUUACAAGCUAUGAAGUCUGACCGUAAGCGUCUGAAGGUGGAGAAGGCCGACUUGGUGAACCAGAUGCAGCAGCUGUACACCACACUGGAGAGCCGGGAGGAGCAGCUCCGAGACUUCAUACGCAACUACGACCAGCACCGUAAAGAGAGUGAGGAUGCUGUGAAGGCCCUGGCUAAGGAGAAGGACCUGCUGGAGAGGGAGAAAUGGGAUCUGAGGAGGCAGACCAAAGAAGCUACAGAGCAGGCCUGCAUCCUGCGUUCUCACAUGGACAUGAAGGAGAACCGCAUCAAAGAGCUCGAGGCUGAGCUCACAAUGGCGAAACAGUCCCUGGCCACGUUGACUAAGGAUGUGCCGAAGCGCCACUCCCUGGCCAUGCCCUCAGAGCCGGUGGUGAACGGCAGUCAGGAGUGGGCGAUGCAGGGAGACCUGCCCCUCACCGCUGCCAUCCGCCAGAGCCAACAGACCCUCUACCAUGGACACACUGUGGACCGCCAGGCGGUGGUCAGGGUCAGUCCCUGUCACUCCCGCCAGCCCUCCAUCAUCUCGGACGCGUCGGCGGCUGAUGGGGAUCGGUCGUCCACCCCAAGCGACAUCAACUCCCCCCGCCACCGGACCCACUCCCUCUGCAAUUCUAUGGAGGACCUGGAGGACCAGAAGCGUAAGACAAAGAAGAAGGAGAAGAUGAGUCUGGGCUCCCUGUCCCGGGUGUUUGCUCGGGGAAAGCAGCGCAAGUCAAUGGACCCGGGCCUGUUUGAUGACUCUGACAGCCUCUCCAGCCUAUCAACACAACAACCCAGCCUAUCAGACGGAGAGGAGCAGCUGGACCGCCUCCAGCAGAUGGAGCUCACUCGGAACAUGCCCAUGUCACUGUGGAAGGCAGGGGCGGUACAAGCCUGGCUGGAGGUUGUCAUGGCAAUGUCCAUGUACCUUCGUGCUUGCUCGGAAAACGUCAAAAGUGGGAAGGUGCUGCUGGGGCUGACAGACGAGGACCUGGAGCUGGGACUGGGCAUCAGUAACCCCAUGCACCGCAGGAAGCUACGCCUCGCCAUCGAGGACUACAGGGAGGCAGAGGCUGGCCAGGGGCUAUCAAAGGCUGCUGAAAUGGACCAUCAUUGGGUUGCCAAAUCUUGGUUGAGUGACGUCGGGUUGCCCCAGUAUUCCCAAGCCUUCCAAAAUCAACUGGUGGACGGCCGGGUGCUCAACUCCCUCAGCCGACGAGACCUGGAGAGACUCCUGAACAUCACCACCCAGUCCCACCAAACCAGCCUGCUCCUGGCCAUCCAGCUCCUGCAAUUGCUCAACUUCGACAAAGAGGUCCUGGAGGCUCGCCGAGCCCAGAGUGAGCACAAGGACCAGGACCCAGUGGUUUGGACUUGCCACAGAGUUAUAAAGUGGAUCAGAGACAUAGACCUAAAAGAGUAUGCUGACAGUCUUCAUGGCAGGGGAGUCCAUGGUGCUGUGUUGGCUCUGGACCCCUCAUUUGAUGCAGAUUCCAUGGCCAAGGCCCUGGGAAUCCCCAGCCACAAACAUAUGCUUUAUCGGCACAUGUAUGAGGAGAUGAAGGCUCUCUCCAUCCCUGCCAGGCAAACUAGUGUGGAGCAGGAUUGUGAAGUGCCGGGAAUGGGAGACCCACCACAAUCCCCUUCUGCUGUUAGCCGCUAUAACGAGGAGAUAGUGUCUAUGAGACGAAGGUCAGGCAAGAGUCCUCUUCGGUUUAACCCAAAGAUCGCCAUUGGACGGGGCCUUGGUUACCAUGGCAGCUGUGGAUCUCUGCCCAGAGAGGCACGGGUGCAGGCUGUGCCCAGGACAAAGGGAAGUCCCAUGCACACCUACAAGAGUGUUGAGAUCACCAAUGUCUGAACUGUGCCCUGUGGGGGGGAUACAGGUGGUUGACUCCAGGUGAAAAGCAUUCAAUAUCAACAGAAUUGCUCUUUUUUGACAAUCCAAAUCUUCCUUUUUGGAAUUUACCAUUUUAUUUUCAAUUUCAGAAACAUUUUACUUAUUGUUCCACAGUAAAUGUCAAUAUAUCAGUGGACUUAAUGCCUUAUGUUUGAAUAGGACAUUAUGGUAAUAAUGUGUUGCUGCAUAUCAAAAGUCCAUGGAGGGUGAAAGUGGUCUGUUCCUGUUGCCAUGCCAGGAGGAUGAUCAUUCACUUUGGUCAGGAUCUCUGGAGGGAAGAAGUACGCCUGAUGUCCCGGUCCUUUGACGACCAUGCCCUGUUUCAUGUAUCUCACUGCCUGGCCUGGCCGGCCUCCUCCCUGUGCAGGAAAGUGAUUUUGGCCCGGCCUGCCUGGGUUUCCUGGCUCAAAUCAGUUGCAGAUGUCCACUACUUGGAACUUGGAACCCAUAUCUUCGGAACCCGCCAUUCCCUGGGUUCCAUGUACGUUUAUAAUUACAUUCCAUAUUGUGAGAGAUAACUGGCCUUGAGUUAAGACAACAGCCAUCAGGAGAAUAAGGUGGGGGGGGAGUCUGGAAAAUUCCAAAUGCUAUAGCAGAGCUUGCAAUUUGUUCAAAUAGCUCAAAUAUGGCCAAGAGGCACAGACUACAGUUUGUUGUGUUUGUCAGAAAUAUAAUACAAUUCCAUGUAAACAUGCUGGAAAAAUUCCUAGAAACUACAGAGGCCACACAGCUUUUCAUAUUGUUGAAUUAAACUAUUUUGUUUGUUAUUUGCAAAGGAGUCUUUAAUUUCAUUGUAAAUAUGGGAAAAUAUUACAUUCUAAUAUUCAAUUCAAUAUAAGGUCAAGAUUUUGCUGUCUCUCAGUGAUUACAAUAUUGUAAAUAUUUGUACAGUUUGCAUUACGGAUAAUGAAGGUCUAAUGCUAUGGUGUAGAAUGUUUACGUAGGCCAGGAUGUCAAGGGAAAUCUUAUUUGUUUUACCAUCAUUAACUCAGAGUGCACGAGUAUACAGUACAACAGUAGAGCAGUGUAUUUCACCAGAGCAUUCCACAACCAUAUCACACAUUCAAACAGCUGGAGGGGGCAUAGAACCAGAAGAAAACAGGUAUAUCAGCUAUGGCGAUCUCCUACAAAAACCAACCCCAGCACCGUGGUGAACAUAGUCAGUCAGAUAGACAUACAAAGUGGGAACAUUAGGCUUGUUCAAACUAGUCAAAUGUGGUUUGAAUAUCAAAGGCUUAUGCGUUACAGAAAACACACACUAAAUUGUGUGUGUUCUGGCGUAAAACAAUCUACUUUCACUCAAGCAUAUCACAUACAUAUAGUCAGACUACUAACAACAGAAAAGAGGGGCAAUUUCCAUGAAAUGAGAAAGAGGUCAGAGUUUAUAUUGUACGUUUUCAAAUAGGUGUUUAUGAAGUAAUUAUGUACUGUACAUGUGCCACUGCUGAAAAAAUAUGUUUGAAACUGCUGUACAUGAACUACAAUACAUUACUUGUGUUUUGUGUAGGCCUACUCAAUA